UCAGUAUGUAGUUAGUAGAGGACCAGAGCUGGAGUGGACAUUCAAGAAGAGGAGGAAAAAAAAUAAAGGGAAAGAGGAAACUCAAGAGAAGAGAAAGCUUUAAAAAGAAAGUGCCAGACCUUGGGAGUUGUUUCAGGCUGGGCGUCCAUCCAGCAAACUGCAGAGACCUCAGGUUGUGUCCAAGAGACCAGACAAAAGCAGGGUGACUGGGAGACUAUACUGGGAGGACAGACUGGUUUCUACUCACAGUGAGCAGACCGCCAAACACCAUGGCUGACAACGUGAAUGAAGAGUCAGACUACACCCCGGGGAAGGAUGAGCUGGACUGGGGCUACGAGGAAGGUGUAGAAUGGGGACUCCAUUUCCCAGCAGCCAAUGGGGAGUAUCAGUCUCCGAUUAACUUGAACUCCAGGGAGGCCCAGUACGACCCGUCUCUUCUAGACGCCGGAUUGUCACCGAACUACGUGGUGUGUCGAGACUGCGAGGUCAUCAACGAUGGACACACAGUCCGCAUCAUUCUCAAGUCCAAGUCAGUGGUUACUGGAGGUCCACUGCCGAGUGAUCACGAGUACGAGCUCCAUGAGGUUCGAUUCCACUGGGGCAAAGAGAACCAGAGAGGAUCAGAGCACACGGUCAACUUUAAAGCUUUCCCCAUGGAGCUCCAUCUCAUCCACUGGAACAGCACUCUCUUCAACACUUUGGAGGACGCUCUGGGAAAGAAGAAUGGAGUCCUCAUCAUAUCUCUUUUUGUGCAGAUUGGUAAGGAACAUCUGGGUCUGAAGGCCAUCACUGAAGUUCUUCAGGACCUGCAGUACAAGGGGAAGAACAAGAUCAUUCCCUGCUUCAACCCCAACACUCUCUUACCAGAUCCUUUACUGCGAGACUACUGGGUGUAUGAAGGAUCCCUGACCACGCCUCCUUGUAGUGAAAGUGUGACCUGGAUCCUCUAUCGGUACCCUCUGACCAUCUCACAGCUACAGAUUGAGGAGUUCCGGAGGCUGCGGUCUCACUCUAAAGGGGCAGAACUCCAGGAGGGGAAUGAUGGGUUGUUGGGGGACAACUUCCGCCCCACGCAGCCCCUCAGUGACCGAACAGUCCGGGCAGCCUUCCAGUGACUUUCACUCUCCGCUGCAGAUUCAGAAAACUGAUAGGACGCAAUGAUACAAAUAUAAAAGAGGAGGCCAGAAGAGGAGAGAGGAAACAAAGAGAGGGAGAGAGAGGAA